AUGGCCAUUGCGCCCUCACGAACUACUCUCGCACAGGCCAAAAGCUCAACAAGGCAACGUACCAGCCUCGCCAUCCAAGUCCGCCACGCGACAUUCAUCCCUCGUCCCCGACGACCAUACACAUUCACACAGCUUGUCACCCUCUCCGACGGCUCAACCUACACCAUGCGUACCACAUCGCCCAACCCAAUCUACCGCGCUGCCAAAGAUACCCGCAACACUCUCCUAUGGCAACCGAGCGAGAAGUCCCUCCGAAACGUGGAAUUGGACGAGGCGGGUAAAUUGGCGGCUUUCCGUGAGCGAUUCGGUCGUGCUUUUGACGCUACUGCUCAGUCUGAGGAUGGGGCGGCGCCUGAGGCGGCGAGCGAGGCGGUGGAUGGAUUUGCGGAUUUGAUUACCGGGUAUGCGCCGCAGGAUGCGAAUACCAUGAAGGAUUCGGGGCCAAAGAAGUCGCCUACGAGGAGAAAGUAA